CGGACAGUUGAUCUAAUGUAUUGAAAGUUCCUGGAAAUUGGCUGCUAUCGUUUUAGACACAAGACCAAUAUAUAUCGACGAGUUCACAGUAUUGUAUGCACAUCACAAUUAAGUAGAACAAACGGACAACGGGAGAAAACAUGUUUAGAAUCCUUGCAGCAUGGAUACCGUUAUAUUUCUUAGUAUGUGUUUGUUUCCAAGAAAGUAGGGGAACACAAAUCGGAACCGUUUAUUACGGCGGUGUAAAGGGGGUCGAACUAUCUUCGACGAAUAACACUGGAAACGUUGAUCAUAGAAUGGAUAUAAUGGAUAAACCUAAUUCUCCAACAGUUCAUCAUUUUGCCAGACAUGGACUCUGCAAUCACACGAAUGGGAAGGUUCGGUUUUACAAGGCCUUGGGAAAACACUUUCAAAACAUUUCAGCUACGAUGAUAAUCUACUUCGUCCUUGACCUUUGUGAGAGAAAAGAUGAGAUGCUAGACAGCUGGGUCAAAGAAAUAUUUGAUAAAGACGGUGACGGUUUCAUCAGUCACUUCGAGAAGGAUCUAAUUAGGGAUUGAUUAUCAUGCUGAAAGCGGAUUGGCUUUGAAUCGAUCGUCAAGGUUGGAACAUAGUUGUCUGUGAAAUAAUCACCAUGUCGGCGAUUGAUGUGGGAGAUAAAAACAGUUUCCUUGUUUAUUGCGAUGUAAACCCGAUGUUUGGAGCCAUUUGCUGAAUACGGGCAGUUUAUCUCAACGUUUUUCUUUUGAUUUACCAGGGACAAAUUACGAACGAUUUAUAUUUUCAUGUUGUCGUAAUGUGUUGUAGUUGUAAAUAAAAAGUGACAACCUA